AAUGUAUGGAUGGCAAAACCUAAGCGAUUCGUGAUAAGUGCGUGGUUUAAAUGGGCAUGGUAACGAUUUUGGUAAAUUUAAUGUUUACAAUGCUUCAAUAAGGCAUUUUUACUAGUAAUUGGCAACCAUAAUUUGAGAUAUGUGAGUUACAGAGCUUACAAUUCUUUUCUAUGUAAACAAAGCUUUUGUUUACAUUUUGCAUGCUGAAGUGAAAAUUCCAGUUUUAAACCUAAAAUGAAUGUUAAAAGCUAGGAACUGUGUUUAUUUAUGCUUAAAAUGAAUAAGAAGAUCGACAAAUCCGCGAAAAAGAUUUUUAACUGCAUGGUACAUGUAUAUUGAAUCUAUGUAAACAAAAACAGGGCACGAGCCUUGUUUACAUGGCAAAGAAUUGUGAGCGCUGUAUCUUGCUUAAUUAUAACUCUACGACUGACUCUCAAAUUUCAUUUUAUCAUUAGAAUGCAUUCCUAAAGCACUUUAAACAAUAAAUCAGUAAAAUAGAAUUUGACAGAAAUCGUGACUAUAUGCCCCUUUAAAAUGUUCCGUGUGUUACUGUUGCUUUAUAUAAAAAAGAUACCAAACAUAAAAAUGCUAAAAGGUAUAGUAGGUAACACACACAGAAAUAUAAAGGGGGGGGGGGUGGCUGGGAAAAUGGGCAUACUAAUUCAUUUUGAGAUUGGAGAUGCGGGUGUUAAAUUUAACGAAGCUUCCUAGCCACAAAUAUGCUCAAACUGUUUUAAAAAUAUUAGUAAAAUUUUAAAGUAUUUUUUUUAUGACACAUAUAUGCGUUAACUUAUGGAAUAUGGAUAACUGAUACUGAAAUUAGAGAAGGCUAGACCUGGCAGCAAUAAAACCACUUUCAAAAGUUGUGAGGGAAUGAAUUGAUUUUUUUAUAGGACUUUUACGCCCUAAACGUUGAGGCACCAAUUCUAGAAUGUUUCGGCACCAACAUUCAUUUUUUUCUCAUUUAACUUUCACUUUAUUGACAAACGUGUUAACUUGUUAAAAUUUAAAUAUUUCAAUAAGUUUGAGAAAUAUUUUUUCCAAAGUUAAUUUAUUUUCUUCUUAUUACACUGAUAUCUAUCCACGUGUUAUUUUUAUAUCUAUACUUUGCGUCCCAGGUCCUCUUUAGCCCCCCCCCCCCCCUCCCCCCGCAUUAAUACAUUACAAAACUGGGAAAGUCAGACAUCUUGCACAUAAUUUUUCAUGUCAUAAAAAUGUCAGCUCCUGUCGCGGGCGGAGGGGAAUUCUGGAAUUGUUUGCUUUGUUUUGAUGCUUUGAUGUUAUGCCACCUAAAUAAAUCCACCCCUGCUAUAUAUAAGUUAAUCACGUGACGAUCACAAAGGCCAACAAGACCAGGAAGAAAAAUACCGUGAUCGCCAUGUUGGACUGUAGAGAAUAUUUCUUAAAAUCCCAUCAAAGUGUCUGACCAUGGACCCUGAGUUCAGCCUUCAGGAUGUGUUACGGUGUCAUCUCUGUGAGACCCCGGGCCCCCCUAUGUACUGUGUCAUUUGUAACAAAUAUCUGUGUAAAGCUUGUGAGAAUGACCAUAUCUCAGAUCUAUCCAAAGAACACAAAGUGCUGCCAUUUGAAAAGAGGAGAUAUACUCCAAAAUGUCCAAAACAUCCCUUAAAAAUAUGUGAACAUUACUGCGAACAAUGUGACAUUCCUAUUUGUACAACAUGUGCUUCCUCUAAAAAACACCGCAGCCAUAAAUCUGUUGAAAUAACGAACAAGAUUGAUCGAAGCAAAGAAAUAAUUCAAAAAGAUUUACAAGAACUAGAGAAAUGCAUUUAUCCCAAAUACCAAGAGAUAGCAUCCAUUAUCCCAGUCCAGAAAUCUGCUCUGAAUGUAAACUCCAAGAAAUUAACAACAGAAAUUGACAAACAUGGAGAAGACUUGCACAGAGAAAUAGACACCAUUAUCAGAAACAUGAAAUCUAACGUGGAGGAAACGGACACCAAACACCUGGCUGUCCUAGAUAAACAAGCAGAUGAAAUUAAACACACCAUUUCUGAAAUCACACAGACCAUUACUGAACUAAAGACAUUACUGGACUCCAAUGAUGUCAGCCGUGUCUCUGCCUACAAAUCCAGGAAUGAUGAAUUCAGAAGAUUGCCUCCUAAACUCACAGUGUCCUUACCAAGUUUUACCCCUCAGAAGAUCAACAAAGAACAGCUUUAUCAACAGUUUGGUUCUCUGUCAGCGUCAUCUAUCAAAACAGAAGAACAUGGCUACACCAUGGAAUCUCCCGGUGCUGAGUCCUCUCCCCCGGACAGACCGCUCAUUGAUGUACCAUGGAUCAUCACACAAAUAGACACCAAGUAUAGAGGAUCAGUUAAUUCAUUAUACAGUGUGUCCUGUCUGAGUGAUGAGGAGAUGUGGACGAGUGGUUAUGACAACAGCAUGAGACUGUACAACCUCAGUGGGGAACUAGUGAAGUCAGUCCAUACCAAGUCAAGGUACUAUCCACAGGACAUAGCAGUGACAAGGAGUGGGGAUCUAGUUUAUACUGAUUACAAUGAUAGAACUGUGAACAUAGUGAAGAAUAAAAAGAUACAGACAGUGAUCAGACUACGGGGGUGGAAACCUCUCGGUGUCUGUAGUACCUCCUCUGGUGACCUCCUGGUUGUCAUGGACAGUGAUGAUGAUAAACAAACAAAAGUGGUGUGUUACUCUGGCUCCACAGAGAAACAAAGUAUUCAGUACGACGACAAAGGACAACCUCUCUAUUCAUCUGCUGGAUUAAUUAACACUAAAUUCAUCAGUGAGAACAGGAACCUAGAUAUCUGUGUGUCGGACUAUAGAGCCCAUGCAGUAGUGGUGGUCAAUCAGGCCGGGAAACUCCGGUUUACCUACACUGGUCCUCCCUCUACUACCAAGGGAUCAUUUAUACCAUACGGCAUCACAACAGACAGCCAGGGUCGCAUCCUGACAGCAGACACUAACAACCACUAUAUCCACAUCCUGGAUCAGGACGGACAGUUCCUCCGCUACAUUGACGACUGUGAUUUACAGGCUCCACGGGGUUUAUGUGUGGACACCAGAGACAACCUCUUUGUGGCUGAGUUAUUCACAGGUAAAGUGAAGAAAAUACAAUAUAACAUGUAAACAAACUGUUUAUAAUAAUCAAACUAUUUGUUUAUUUAUUUACAUGUAACAUUAGUGAAGAAAUCGAUAUUACAAAUAAAACAAACCAUGUUUUAUAAUAAUCAAACGGUUCAUAAUAUUAAAUUACAUCUAUUAAUAAAUAAAGUUCUCAAGUGACAACAGCUAUAUAUUACAUGUAAAUAAAUUAAACUUGUUUGAUACCAUGUUUACAUGUCAACAAUCUGUAUUACAUCUUGUAUGUAACAAACUACAUGUAACUGACCGUGUUUACAUAAUGUAUGUCAACGGACUGAUUGUUUGAUUCAUUAAAUGUAAACUGUGUUUAUAUAUUGGGUGUGUUUAUGUAUUGGAUGUGUUUACUAGUAUAUAUUGGAUGUGUUUAUAUAUUGGAUGUGACUGUCAACAGACCAAAUGUGGUGAUUUAAAACUCCAAACAUUGCGUGCCAUCAAACUGAGUGUUUAAUAUGAUUAUAUUUAAUAUAUGUUAAAUUUGAAUACAAUGUAUAUUGUUUAUAUGUGUAUAUUAAAUAAUAAAUGUAAAUAAACUGUAUAAUUAUGA